AUGCUCAGUUCUCUUUCUCACGUGGUUUGUCAAGUAGAUAUUAACUCAAAUAGAACUAGCUACAGAGCGCUGAGGCAGACACUUCAAAUUGUGGCAGCAUUUCAUGACAUUAUUUCAUACAUUUUUAGCUUUGCUCAGCUGGGAAAUGCAACAGGCUGCUUUGACUACAUGUGUCCUCCUGAGCAUCUUUCUGCAGACUGGGGAGGAACUGAACAGAUCGGAGAUGAGCUCCGAGAACUACAGAAAAAGAUAGACAGCCUCCAGAAUCCCUCAGAUCCAAAUAAAGUAGCCCAGAUACUGAACAUGCACAGAGAAGUUAUGUUUCUGCAGUUUGAUGCAGCUGUGAGACAUUCCAUGCGGGAAACAUUUCUGUCAUCUGGGAAUGUGUUUGCAUACCAGAGUGUUACGGACAACAUUUACCACGGGUUGCCGCCCCUCAGCAACUCCCUUGUUAAAAGUGCAUUUGCUUCCCAGCUCCAGCUUCCACAGCCACUAGAUCCACAUAGCCACAGAACAUUGAUGCUAUUUCCUUGGAGAACAUUCCUAGCAAGCAAAGGUCCAUUUCCUGUCACUAUUAGCAACCUCAAUUCCAUAAAUUACAAUAUGCAGUUAUGUCUUUGUGGACUGAAUGCUGAGGAUCGAAAAACUGCUCAUGGGGAGCUAGUUGGGAUGCAAUUUGUAAUAGAGGAUAUAUCCAGGAGUAAUUCUGAAGUUCUGGAUGAUUUCAAAGAACCGCAAAAUUCUGCAACGAUAGUUGAAGCAAGUGGAAAAGCUUCAAAAGCACUGCUGGAGCUGCCAGAUUCAAUGGCCUCAUGUGUCUUGCUAAGAUCUUACCUGAUACUCUGGAAGCAGUUGGAAGUCAUCAAAGCAGAAUGGGGAAGACUGAAAUUAAAAGUUGAUGACAUCAACACAGUUGCUCUGUACAAGCAAUUUUCUGAACUGUAUGGUGCUGAAGUUCUGUACCCUGCUAUAAGAUCCAUAGCCAGACAGAUGGGUGCAGAAGAUGAAUUCGAAGGAUUUGUAACUACAUCUCAGUGUAUACUUCCCCCUAAAGACGCUUCAGAAGUUGAGAUCAAAACACGCCAGCUUCAAAAACUCUUGGAAAACCUAGAAAUCCACAUGAUCCAUGAUGUGCAAAAGAAAGUAAACAAAGAGAUGACACUGGUUAUAUCUGAAAAAGCAAGAGAAGAAAGAAACCUUCCUACAGAGCUCUGGAAGCAUCAUAGCAUGCAAGAAAAUUUCUCUGUCACAAGGCCAGAAAUAGUUGAGUCAUUUGUACAGAGGCUAAUGGAAAAUCACCAAGAAAUUAAUGCAGAGAUGGCUUUUCGAAAAGACCACUUACAAAAAUGCCUCACGGCUUUGGGUUGUGAUAUCAUGGCCAGAGAACGUAGUAACUUUGAGACCUACUCCAUGUUUUAUGAAAAUAUUCUCCAGCAGCAACAUCAGCUACUCUAUCAAAAAGAACAAGAAAUGCAUACAAUAGAAGACAAGGGAGGAAAUUUGGAAUUGGUUCUUAAUCAGGUAGCAGAAAUGAGUCAUGAGAUUAUUAUCGAAAUUACUGCUCUAAGAGCCAGACUUGCUGAUCUGCAAGGAGAAGAUCACAGCAGCCUCAGAGAGAAGAUAAGAAAAGAAGUCCAAGAAGAUUAUGAAGCAUUAGUGCAAAACCUAUUUAUGAUGUGUCUGCAGCUAAAAGGGAAACUGGAUGAAUACCGCCUAAGCGUGAACAGACGCAUGUUUGAAAUCAUCAGUGAAGUGAGAAGAGAAGGGGUGGACAAAAUGAUUGACUUGAAAAAGAAGUUUGGCUCCACUAAAGAUAACCAGGCACUCAAAGAACAUUUAUCUCAACAGGGGCAGCUGCAGGAAUUACGUGAUGAAAACAGCCAGCUGGGAGAAUUGGUGUGCAAACUAAAGGCUGUGAGCUGCUGGAAAGAAACUGCCGAAAGGGCACAAUUGUCUGCCACACUGAGAGAAGUGGAGAAGGAGGCCAUUCAAAACAAAAAAGAGUGGCUGAAAUCCAAGAUGAUGGCAGAACAAGAGGCAAUUUUAUUUCGUCAGCAACUGAGGGCUGUGCGGAAAGCUUUGGCAGAGUCUCAAACAGAGAAUAAAAGGUUGAAGCAACAACUAGACAAACAGGGGCACUUGCUACAGGAGGCAAAACAUAAGAUGAGUCAAGAAGUUCACAAAAGGCAGCAACUAGAUCUGAUUAAGACAGCGAACUUAGAAAAGAUGCUGGGAAAUCUUGAAGAGAGAGAACAAAGACUGCAGUGCCUGACAGAGGAAGCUGAGAAAUCCUCUGAGAUAAGGCAGCUUCAGGAGAAAAAAAUUAAAAAAGGAAUCCAGCAAAUCAGAAGCCAGCUAACGCAGGAACGCAGUUUAAAACUGGAUGCCUUUCAGAGGGUAGAUGAGCUGCAGUGUCAGCUUUAUGACUUGGAAGCAGUAAGAGCAGAGAGAAACUCCCCUGCAGCAGCUAUAAGAAGAAAGUCUGCCAGUCUUUCAUCCAGUGGCAAAAGCACAAGUAAUUCUUUUUCAGGUUGGAGCCACAACACAGGAACAUUCACAUUGACUAAGGCUGUCAGGCAACAUCUUUUGACUGCUGAUGCUGUGCAUAGCAGCAAUGUAAGAUUAGAGCAGAUUCAAAGACCCAAGACAGUACCUACUGGGUGGAGAAACAGAGUAGUAGAUGCUCUCUUGCCAGAUCUAAUGAAAGAUGCUUAUUCUACUGCAGCGACACCCCUUUAUGGGCAGAGGACAUCUCAAGAAUAAGCUGUUAUUUUUUUUAAAAAAAAUCAGUUAAACCUUUUGAUUACCAGUUUGAUUACAUCAGCAUAAAGUAUUCCUAUUGAUGAUCCUUUUACUGUUCAGGACUGAGUAUUUGUAUAGUUGCUAUCCAUAACAGCAAAUCAGCUAUUCUCUACUUGAUUUUCUCAAAAUAUUAUUCCUAGUUAAAAGCAUCAAAAUUCUGCUAAGUAUGGGAUCAAAGCAGGCCUCUGUUCAGACUCAUCAUGCAGUAGUACAUAAAGCCAUGGUCCAGCAAUAUAGUACCAUCCACUGGAGCUUGUAGAAGCCUAAGCCACAUGUACUCAUAUUAGGCCUGUCAAGAUCAGGCAUACAUGCUACACAGCUUGAGACUGUGAGCAGUGCUAGUCUCACGAAGAGUCUGGGAAGCCAGUGGAGAAGUGGACAGAUUGGGUUUAACACAAGUAGUCUGGAUCAGGCCCAAGGCCCAUAUAGUCCAGAACCCAGUUUUACGCAGUGGCCCAUCAGUUGCCUCUCAGAAGUCAACAGCCACGAGAUGAAAGCAUGCAAUGAGGCUCUACACACGAUCCAUGUGUAGAGCCUGAACGGACUCCGCGAGGAGAGCGGGCUUAGCCAACUAUCCCUGCAGACAAGCAGGGAGCUCGCCCUGGGCAGCCAGAUCAACUGCCCACAUGAUUACUGGUUCUGUCGUGGACCCAGUAGGGGGCAGCGGGAUCAGGGGCCACUUGGCCCCCAGAUGUCCCAGAAAACCCCAUGCGAGUGCGUGGGGGCAUUCUGGGGGGACUUCUGAGGCAGGGAGGCUUACUGUAGGUCGGGGGUCUCCCCAUGAGUUGCCACAGUGGCAUUUCACAUGCGGAGAAAUGAGGUUAGUGGGAGCAUUUAACGGGAGGGGUGUUUAGUGGGAUUUGUUGCUGGGAGCCACACAGCUCCCGUUGCAGUACACAACCGCAGGAAAGCAGGCUGGGCUCCCUUUGCCCGCUUUCCUGUGGUUGUGAGAAUAGCAUCUGUCUCCUACAAUUGGUAUGUGCUGUAUGAUAAGUAGUUUUUGAUGGUCCUAAAUUUCAUGGCAAUCCGUUUCAUCAAAUGACCCUCGAUUCUAAUGUUGAAAAAGGAAGAACUUCUCCCUAUCCAUUUCCCCCACACCAUGCAUCUAUAAUAUAAAGCUGCUUGGGUCUUAUUGACUUGAUAUGAAAACUCCCAUCCUAAACCACAAGAUCAAACUUGUUUUCACAGGCAGGUUUCAGUUUUGGAGGUUAAACAAUUGAUUGCCCCGUUGAAACCUGGUAAGGCUUCUGGAAAUGAUUUUAUUCUGGCAGAAUUAAGUAAUUCCAAUGUGGAACGGCAGGCUCAUUUUAGCCUGUUUACAUGUAUAGAUUGAUUAGCUCCCAUCCUGUGAUUAGGGCCUGGCUAUCAUAAUUCCAAUGAAAAUACACUGCUAUCUCUAAAAGAUUGCUUUUUGCAGCAUUUGUUGACUUUAGGGUGGCUUUUGAUUCAAUUUCAAGA